AUGGCAGCCAAGGCUGGCGGAGACGAGGCUGCGGCCCGGACAAGCCUCUCGUUUCUCCAUCUGCCGCCCGAGACGCAGCAGGACAUCAUCUCCCAUUGCUCCCAAGCCGAUCUCAUAUGCGUCGCACUCGUCUGCAAGCGAUUCCACGAGCUGGCCUCGGCUCAGCUCUAUCGCAACUUCCACAUCGUCUUCCCCGAUGAAGACGACAUUAACUUUGAUUCGCCCAUCGAUGGCCUCGCCGGCGGCCUCGACACUUUUACAACCAGCGACUACAACUACGCAAAGUACCUGAGAGACCUCUCCAUGGACACGCUGAGCGCCGGCGUCAAGGGAGAAAAGUCGUAUCAACCCUACGUCUACACCGCUAGCUGCGGCAAGUUCCUCAACAGCCUUCUUCACCUGACUCUCAGGAAGGCCACCUCUCUCGAAACCUUUCGAUGGAAUAUCCGUGUCGAGCUGAGCCGGCCCGUAUACCGAGAACUCCAUCGGAUCCAGUCCCUGACAAGACUUCAUGUGCGCAUGCAAAAUGGAAAUUCGUACUACAACCCGCCCCCUCCCCUACCUGCAGAGCCGUCCACCUUUUCCGGGUUUAAAAACCUCAAAGCCCUGAGUGUUCUCGACAUUGAAUCCAUCGACGUCGUCCCGGAGAUUAGGGCGUGCGUUAAGAACUCCUUUUCGACGCUCAAGGAGCUGCAGCUGUCCCUGUCCGAUGACCUCGCACAGCAGUCCCGGAAGCCUCCGCCCGACUCGGAUGCCGAAGACUCCGAUCUGGACGACGACUUUCAAGUCGUGUCGCAGAGCAUAAACUAUGACGCUAGCGGUCCCGCCAAAGCGUUCCGCGCACAGGAGGAGCGCAAGCUCCACGAGGCUAUCCUCGGCAAGAUCCUCGAUAUUGAGCAAACGCUGGUCAAGAAGUCGCCCAUUCGACCAAAGGCCCAGGAGAGCGCUUGGGGCCAUGCCAAGAGCGACGAACCAGCAGGAAGCGCUGCUGCCCAGAGUUCCCAUGAGGAUUUUAUCUCAUCCAUCAAACGGGCAUCGGCUAGGCUAAUAGCCCUGCAGAAUGGCUCCAGAGACUUUUCAGUGUCUCAGCAAGAUAUCUUGGACAUCAUCGAGAAGGCCGCGAGAAAAUAUGUCGAUUCGUGCGACCACUCGCCCCUCCAAGGUACAGAAGGGACAGGUGCCGCCAGCGAAAAGCUCGGGGAACUGGACAAGGUCGAGGGCGACCCGGUGCUCGACGCGGCACAGCAGACAAAACAAGGCAGUGUCGCCGACCACAGCGUUGAGGGGCAGAGCGCCCAUCCCGAGGACGCCGCUGAUGGCGAAUCCCCGAGCAGCAAAUGCCUCGGCGAGAAUGUCACCCCCGAGUCCCCGCCAAAUAAGCUUCCCGGAGAAGAAGUCGUUCCUGACGACAUCGACAUUGCUCAUAUCGACAUGAUUGGGGACGAGCCGUAUGAUUAUCUCGAGCACACGACUUCUGGUCCCUCGGGAGACGAGUUUACGCGCGGGAGCCAAACGACUACAACUCAAGCCGAAGUAUGUGGCACUGCCGCCUCCGAGACCACAAAACCGCCAUGCGGUGCAGCCGACGAGUCGCGAUCCGCACCGGCGGCGAACCAGCUCUCCGGCCUAUCCCGAGUGCCAAGGGCUGCCCUCCGACCACUAUGGGAGAGGCUCAACUGCUUGCAAAACCAGUUCUCCAAGGUAGCCGCGAGGGUCGAAAAGUUUCGAUCCCAAGCGGCCGCCGAGGGAUACCCCAAGACAGGCGUGUUCGACGCCGAAUUGAAGAUGCUCAACCAGAGCGUCGGGGACAUGUUCAAUGAGAUCCAGGCUAUAGAGGCCGAGGCCCUCGCCAUACCGGGGCAGAAGGCAGCGCGACCUUUGGACCAGAAUCCAAAGGAAGAGACGGUCCGGCGCUCCAUGGUGGCCUAUGCCCGCGACACCAGAGGGUUGUCGGUGGAAUCGCUGAGCAUCCACCUCGUGCCCGUCAAAGCAUCGGUUCUGUCCAGGGGCGUCGACCUGGCUUCUCUCAGACAGCUCACGCUGCUCAACGUGGGAAACCAGGUCCCAAUCUGGACGCUGCUGGCCAAGGAGGGUAGGACGCGGCCGCUAGCACUCCGCAGCGUCUUCACAGAUCACGUCACGACGGCCUUUCUCUCGUGCAUGGCCCAGCUACCCGAGCUGCACGACCUCUUUCUGCUCGAAAGGAGUGCUAAGCACAAGCCGGAGAGCUUCGCGUCCCGCACGACGACGACCAUCGACCAGAUCCGGCGGCUGGUGCUGAAGAGACAUAUGCCGACGCUCAAGCGCCUCAUGAUCAAGGAUGAGACCCGUGGGCCAAACUGGGACGUGAAUGAGAAGACCAUGAUUCUCGUCUGCACGCGUGGGGUGCAUCUCGAGGAGCUGGCGCUCAGCAUGAACAUCCACGCCGUGCACGCAUUCAUGCAAUACUUUUCGGGCCUCUCCAAUCUGCGGGCCAUCAAUAUCCUCCACUUCAAGAACAACGACACGUGCAUCUGGGUCAUGCGCGAGAUUCUGAGGUUCAUUGUCGAUAACCUGUCUCACCACCCGGAGCUCAAGUUGGAGUGGAUCGCCAUGGAGGACGAGCGCGUGGACCGGGUGGUUAGGCCAUCAGAGGUGGCCGGCGAGGCUCGCGAGGCGCAGCCGACGAAGCGCUCCAAGGGCAAGAGCAAGGGCAAGGCUCACGUGCCAAAUGGUAUGACGUUGGACGGCGCCUAUCCCUUGCUGCCGGUGGACGGCCUGGAAUCGGAGAGCGAUAGCGACGGCGAGGUUUCCGACAGCGGAACUCGACUCCGGUUCAAGACGGUCGGCCCGUUGCAAUUUUAUGACGUCUGGGGGGUCAAGAUCUUCGAGAAGGAGGUUCGAAGCGGGCGCUUGUAA